AACACCAGCGCAAAGCAAGUCUAUUGAACUUCGCUUAUGGAACUUAUUUAUUGUUUCAUCGGCACCUACGUUGACCAAGUACUUUCUUUUCCGUUAUCGUACGCCGCAAGGUCGUGUCCGGCAUAUGUGAAGGUAGCCAUGUGUGGUUGAACGUACGUUACUAACACGUGUUGACGAUAGGCUUGGCUGGUAUCGCCUUUAUAGUCAUUUAUAGGACGACUAUGUAAUUGCAAGGAAGGGCCAGAUUCGAGCGGGAUAUAAAACAUCAUUUUUGAACCGACUAACGGAAGAGUGAAUUUAAUUUGUAAAGCGCCCAUUUUUAGUAUAGUGUGUAUUCUGUGUUUGCCGUGUAGUUUGGAAUAGGACGCGACAUGUAUAUUCUUCGUGCCUGAUACAGAACAAUCUGCCGUACGGUGUUGACAGACGGAUCAAGCGUUACGCUUUCCCAUAAUGAUUGCUUAAUUUCGCUGCCUCGGAAAAAAACCCAAAUGACACCCGUGGGCAGCAAAGAGGAAAAAUUCCUAGGAAAUUUCGUUAUUGGUGGUGAGAAAAGAACGGAAGUCAAACCUGAAGACGUUUUAUUUCCAGGACGGUAAGACAGGACGUCAUCUCCCAAACAUGUCUGUGAAACACAAGAAGAGAUUGGUCACUUACUUCCUUAUUGGAUCGGCCAUUGUCCAGCUGAUAAGUUGUUUACCGGAACUGAUCAAAAUCGGGGGCCUAUUCAGCGACAACGAGUGGGACGAAAGUGUGCAAAACGCCUUUAAGUACGCCGUCUACCGACUUAACCACGACCGUACUAUUCUACCAAAGACUAAAGUAGAGGCCGACAUCCAAAGAGUAUCGUCAAAUGACAGUUUUCGCGCGUCCAAGAAAGUGUGUCAACAGAUCGACAUGGGCGUGUGCGCAUUGUUUGGGCCAAAGAGCAGUAACAUCGCAUCCUACGUGAACUCGAUGAGCCGUGCCCUGAAGAUUCCUCACAUAGAAGCCCGGGUAGAGCCUCGCUACCUACAGGCCCCUUCGUUCUCUAUAAACCUCUACCCCGACCCCCAGCAGCUAGGACGGGCCUAUGUGGAUGUGAUUAAGUAUUUCGGCUGGAAACAGAUAUUGGUGCUUUACGGGGAUAAGGAAGGGCUGUUGAAGAUCCAGACGUUGAUUCGAGCGCCGUUUGAUGCCUCUGUGGAGCUUGUCGUUCGGAACGUUGACAAAUUCAACAUGCGAGCUGUUCUUCACGAGGCUCAGGGCAAGAAGUAUCGAAACAUCAUCGCAGAACUUUCUGUCGAGUUAACCUACCUUUUACUCAAAAUGGCGUUGCAAGAAGGCAUGAUUGAUCCGUACCAUCAUUAUAUCCUGACCAACAUGGAUUCGGAAACUAUUGAUAUGAAUGACUUCCGGCACAAUUACGUCAACCUAACCACUUUCCGUCUGGUUGACCCGGAAGCACCUCAUACGGCACGUGUCCUUCAGGAUAUGGAAAUUUACCAGUUACAGACAGACCUGAAGUUGUUAAACAGAACGGGAUUAAUAUCUCACGAAGCAGCUCUGAUUUUCGACGCUGUCAUGCUGUUCGCCAAAGGUCUAGAGUUUCUGGACAGGAGUACAAGGCUGACGAAAGCCAAUCAGAGUUGUGAUGAAGGGGAGCCCUGGGCAUCUGGGGACAACUUGUACAGCUUUAUGACAAAGGCAAACGUAAAAGGGUUAACAGGGCUUCUGGAACUCCAACAAGGACGACGGUUGAGUUAUAAAUUAGAUAUCAUGGAACUGAAAGAAACAGGCCUAUACAAGGUUGGCAAGUGGGAUAUGCUGAACGGAUUAAACUUUUCAACGGACUUAUCGUUCAGGACAGCUGGGCCUUUUGGAAACAGGACAUUGAAGGUUGUUUCCUUAAUGCCGAUGAAAAGUUCCAAAGAGCCCCUUAUAGUGACCACUGUCUUGGAGAUGCCGUACGUGAUGCUGAAGUCCCCGGAUCAACCCUUACAAGGCAACAAUAAAUACGAGGGUUUUUGCAUCGACCUUUUAAACGAAAUAGCUAAAAUAGUGGACUUUAAAUAUGAAAUAUAUCUUGUACCUGAUCGGAUGUACGGCGCCAUUGAUGAUGCCACGGGGGAGUGGAAUGGCCUUGUGAAGGAGUUGGUGGAUAAUAGAGCUGAUAUGGCCGUGGCAGCGUUAACUAUCAGCUAUUUACGGGAACAAGUCAUUGACUUCACCAAACCUUUCCUGAAUCUAGGAAUCACGAUCCUGUUUAAAGUUCCCAAGAGGGAAAAACCCGGCCUGUUUUCCUUCCUGAACCCACUCGCCAUCGAGAUUUGGCUGUACGUUAUCGCUGCUUAUUUAAUGGUCAGCUUUGUGAUAUUCAUCCUUGCACGAUUUAGUCCUUAUGAAUGGUACAACCCCCAUCCGUGCAAUGCAGACACAGACACUGUGGAGAACGCCUUCAGUUUGUCGAACAGUUUCUGGUUCACCGUGGGCACAUUGAUGCAGCAAGGCUCGGAUAUCAACCCCCGGGCAGUGUCCACUCGAAUAGUCGGGGGGAUCUGGUGGUUUUUCACCCUUAUAAUCAUAUCAUCCUACACGGCUAACUUGGCGGCUUUUUUAACUGUUGAGAGAAUGGUCUCCCCUAUAAACAGUGCGGAUGAUCUCGCCAAACAAACUGAAAUUUCUUAUGGAACCUUAGCCGGUGGCACAACAUGGACAUUUUUUAAGACGUCGACGAUAGAAGUUUACCAAAACAUGUGGAGAUACAUGGAAGGCAAAGAGCCAAGCGUGUUUACGAAUAGCUAUCAGGAGGGUAUUGAGAAAGUGCUGAAAGGCAAUUAUGCCUACUUAAUGGAAUCAACCAUGAUUGACUACGAAAUACAAAGAAACUGUGAUCUCAUGCAGGUCGGAGGCCUGCUAGACAGCAAAGGAUAUGGCAUAGGCACGCCAAUGAAUUCCCCUUAUCGAGAUAAGCUGUCUUUAGCCAUCCUGGAACUUCAGGAAGGGGGCAAAAUCCACAAGCUCUACAAUAAAUGGUGGAAAAAUGCGGGCACGUGCAAUCGUGAUGACACCAAGAAAGACUCCAAGGCGUCAGCCCUAGGGGUGGAGAACGUAGGUGGCAUCUUUGUGGUUCUGCUGGCCGGGCUAGCCAUGGCAGUCAUCGUGGCCAUUAUGGAAUUCGUGUGGAAUUCUAAAAAGAAUGCACAAGAGGACAGGCAGUCCACGUGUUCUGAAAUGGCGGAAGAGUUGAGGUUCGCCAUUCGGUGCCAUGGGUCAACACAAAAACCCAGAUUUAAAAGGCAUUGUUCCAAGUGUAAAACUGGACACGGCCAUCGCCAUAGCGACGCGCAUAUAGACUCUCCGAACGGCAUCAUUCAGCUCAGAGAAAUACGAAAAUCCCCGCUCCCUUCCAUGCGGGAAUACGAGUACGAUUACAAAACUGAAUAUCACCAGGGGUUUCACCAAGGCGAGUUUAUGCACGUGGACUACAGUGAUACGGAAACUUGAGAAUAGUGUAACUAUUUUCAUAUUUGGUGAAUAGAUUUGUCUUGUUUUUUUUUUCCUUUUUUUUUUUAACCUGUACAUAUUACAUUUAAAAACAAUACACAAAUUGGUGACACCAUUCCUACGUUGAAAACACACUGUCCUUUGCCUGGGUCACAUAUCCCACCUUGAUUUUGUUGAAUGCAGGAUAGAAGAUGUCAUAUGCGAGAAUGGAUGAGCAUUUCUGAUGAAUCCGUUCUGUGCUUUAAACACGGAUGUUGUCGGAUAUCCCGUCAGAUAUUUGAAAUUUUGGUGUUUUGUUUCGGUGAGAAUGAACUGUUGUUUGUAAACUUUUCCACUCCCACAAGGCUAAAAUGGCGCCACAAUGGUCUUGGCAAGGGUGUUGUACGUCAACUGUACUGCUUUCCUUGGAACUUAACCCUUGGGCCAAAACAGUUGGCCCUGAUUUUUAAUGUGCACGGCUUCAAGUUCCUGUGCGACAAGUGAUAUGUCAGAACUAGCCAGCCAAACGCCUGACAUGUUGAAAUGCCCGGAUGAUACAAAAAGGAAUGUGACGAGUGGACAAAUCGGAUGUGAAGAAUCACCUGCAAAACUGCACAUCUUUUUUGUCUCUUUAUCUUGGACUUCCUCCUUUCCCACGGAAGAUGUAAAUUUAUACGAAUAUCUGUAUGUAUUGUAUCGAGUAAUCGCGGGUAAACUGUUUCAUUUCUAUUUCAAGGGGAUAAAUGCCUCUUUGAUAUACCAAAAACGUGAAAUGUACAUAUCAUGUAAUGCAUUUUAUUGUCUUAAGUGAGUAGGCGAACGUUUGGCCUGCUAAAACAUUAGAUGUUUCAAAGUGCAGUAUUUCUUUAUAGUUUACAUUCUAACAAAGAUAUGUUCGUCUUUCUUUUUUCUUCCUUUUUUUCUCUCAACAUUUUUGCUCUUAUGGCACAAGUGACUGUUAUUUACAUAAGAUAAUAAACUUUAUUACAAAUGAGCGGGUCUCAAAAUGGGAGUUGUUUUUCAUUAUUGACGAACAUCGUCUGGGAUUUUCUUCUCUGAAAUGAGAUGAACCCGGCCUUCUAAAAAGACCUAACUUUGUACGAUUUUUUCCAGGACUAAUUAGUUUUAUGAUAAUUUGCUUUCUGUAGAGAUCCCCUCAAGCAACAGCUUGCUCGUAAAAUUCUUUAUCUAUUCAGGAAGAAACUAUACAUGUAAGUGUUGCGGAAUGUUUUCAAGAGAAAUAAUUCAUUACUGACGUUGCAUAAGUUUGUAGGCGUUGCAGUGAGGGUACAAAUUUCCAGCUAGACUGUCUUGUAACUCUCUUUUACUGUUCUCAUUUGCCUCAAAGUUGAAAAAAACUGAUGGGCCAAAACGAAGAGUGUUAAUAAAGGCAAAAUGGGUUGAUUGUUCUCAGUCCGUACUGUGGUUGAUCUGUCCCUGGCGGAUGAGGUGGCAGGUUCGAAUCCUUCCGUGGCUGCUUCAGCUUCGCCUUUAAGAUAGAGAGCUUCGUAUUAAGGGCGGUGGUUUACUGUGCGGCACACAUGUUUUCUCCUUCCUUAAAUCUGAAGGCCGCCAUUUGAAAUGAAUUGAAAUGUAUUAAUAUAUGUGUCCAUAACAAGACUAAAGUUGUGAUUUGGUUAUCAAAGUUAUUGACAAUCUCUUAGUGUUGUUAAUUUCAGAAACAAGCAUUAGUUAUUCGUUAUUUACGUUUUUCAAUAAUAGGGACAUUACCGGCCAUCAAAGGCUGGAAUCACAGGGUAAGACAUAGCAUGCCAUGCGUCGUAUUGCCUAGCAAGCCUAUACAGCCAGCUUCUUAUGAAUGUAAAACAAAAAUUGUCAUAGAAAACGUAUGCCUAACGUUUAUUUCCACCUCUUAUUAGUGUGGAAUAAGGUUUGAUAGCUUCAUUGUGUUUAUUAUUAUGAAAAUCUGUUCCUUUUAGUUUCCAUAUACUCCAUAGACGUCAGGCCGUGGAUUUAUUUCUUGAGAGUUGUCUCCCUGUGGACGGGGCGAGUCCAUAGGUGUCGCUCCAUAAAACAAGUGUACACAUGAUGACUUACAUUGUAUCAGUCAUAGUAACCUUUUCAAUUCUCUUUCGAAUUUUACUGAAUUAAAG